AUGUCUGGAGAGAAGAAGCUGAAAAAGAAGAAAGAGGAGUCCAAUGGCACGACAGAAGCCAAGUUAAAUGGAACUGAGGCCAAACCGAAAAAACCAAAGACCAAGAAGAGUGAAGAUGUAGUCGAAGAGGACAGUUCUGCCAUUCAAAAUGGAAAGAAAGUGAAGAAAAAGAAACCAGAAAAAGACAAAGAAGAACCAGAAAAAGAAAAAGAGAAAGAGCCAAAAAAGAAAACCAAAAGUGCUCCGAAGAAGAAGAAAGACACAGAUGACGACGAUGAUGACGACGAUGAAGAGGACACCCCCAAAAAGAAAACUAAGAAAAAAACAACAAAGGACAGCUCUCCGUCUGCGACUUCUGCCAAAGAAAAAAAAUCUAAAUCUAAAGAGGACAAAGAUUCUGAUGGAAAAGAAAAAAAAUCCAAGUCAAAGGAAAAAGACAAGAAGAAAGAACCGGCAUCGAUGUUCCAGAUAAAUGGAGAAAAAGAGUCUAAAAGCAAAAAGAAAGCUGCCAAAUCAGACAGUGACGACAGUGAAGAGGAGACAAAAUCAACUAAAUCAAAGAAGAAAUCCACUGCUGGUUCUGCAUCCAUGUUCCAAGCAUCGGCAGAUAAAGACAAAGAUAAGAAGACAAAGAAAAAAGCAAAGGCAGAAGAGAGUGACGAUUCUGAGUCAGAAAAAGAAGAGAAAUCUAAGAAGAAGAAGGGCAAAGGAAAAAAGAAAAAGGAGAGAUCUCCCUCGCCUGAGAUUGAGUUCGACAACUUGGAGAAGUUUGUGAUGCAGCCGGCUCCGCAGGGUGUGACUGUCAAAUGCAGAGUGACUCGGGACCAGAGGGGGAUGGAUAAGAGCCUCUACCCUACAUACUACCUGCAUCUAGAUAAUGAAAAGAAGACAUUUCUGUUGGCAGGGAGGAAAAGAAAGAAAAGCACAACUUCAAAUUACCUCAUCUCCAUUGAUGCCACAGAUCUGUCAAGAGGUGGAGAGAAUUUCGUCGGAAAGCUGAGGUCAAAUUUAAUGGGGACUAAGUUCACUGUAUUUGACAACGCUCUGAAUCCAGAAAGAGCACUUCCAGACAUGUCUAAUGCACGGCAAGAGUUAGCAGGCAUCAUCUAUGAAACAAACGUUUUAGGAAUGAAAGGGCCCAGAAGGAUGACAGUCCUCAUCCCAGGAAUGGACAAGAACAACGAUCGAGUGCCAGUCCGACCGAGAAAUGAUUGUGACGGCUUGUUGAUAAGGCAUCAGAACAGAAGGAUGGAGAAUCUAAUCGAGCUUCACAACAAGACGCCUGUUUGGAAUGAAGAAACUGCGUCCCAUGUGCUGAACUUCAACGGCAGGGUCACCCAGGCCUCCAUCAAGAACUUCCAGAUAGUCCAUACCAAAGACUUGGACUACAUCGUGAUGCAGUUUGGACGAAUAGCUGAUGACAUUUUCACACUGGACUUCAACUACCCGCUGUGUGCCGUGCAGGCCUUUGCAAUUGCGCUCUCCAGCUUUGAUGGCAAAAUCGCUUGCGAAUAACACAAAGAUUCUCGGUUUUCUACUCAAACUGAAACCACUGUAGAACAGGCCCAUACUCACAUCUGACCAACCCAUGUUUUUGGGCUCGCCUACACUUUCUGUGAUAGGUUGACAACAAACGCUGGCUCUUUUGAUGCAACAGUACAUGCGGCUGACUCCCCCUCCAGGUGUAAGAAACAAAAUCAGUCUCAUAUUAUCUGAUCUUGCACGGCAUGGCGCAGGAAAAUCUUGUUUUGUGUCUUCAUAAUUCAGUGGAAAAUCUGAAUUGCUGGGAAUUACAGAAAAACACACACCAUUCCAAAGGACUGCAUUGACUGGAAAGUUAUGAGGUACUGAGCAGAUGAUGUACCACAACAAUGAUGAAGGUGUUUAUAGAUUAUUAACAUUGAUGAAAGAUGUUGAACUUUGUUAUGUUUUGGCUUUGUUAUGCUGUAUUCUAUUUUAUUGCUGUAUACCGCAAAUACCAGUAGGUCACCAGGGCCUUGUAUCUAUUAUUUUUAAGGUAAAAAUGUAAUUUUAAUUGGCAGAGUAACACUCUGUGACACAUCAACAAUCUGCACAGAUGACACACUGUCACUCGGUCAGCAUAAAAUAUUUAAUCUUAAAGCUUAGUAAAUCUCACAACAGCUGUCGUUCUCAAUGGACUGUUCAUGUUUGGUGACUGAAACAAUUUCAGAUAUUUUUGAUGUAACAUGCAUAGAUGUGUAACAUUUUAGAGUGUCUUUAUCUCUAGGUAUCUAAUGUUAACAUAUGAUAAUUCGAUAUAAGUUUUACUUUUGAAAGGUUUCUUUUGUCUGUCUUAUAUUUGAGCUCUUGUAGGUUUUUCUAUUUUCAUGUUUUUGGUUCCAGAAUUUUGUAAACAUCAAUGAUUUACCUGAACAUUGCCUUUGUUGCAUUUCUAGGCUUAUUGUCAUGAUGCAUGUGAAUUAAAUU